GUUCUCCAAUCUGAAAGGUUAUGUCUUAUGCGAAACAGAGACGCGCCCGUCAAGCCCAAGAAAUGAAAGUGAAAGCAGUACAAAAGAAAGUCAUGACUGAUGUGUAAAGACGAAUGAAACUUCCACUCUAUAUUUUCAACUAAAAUGUCAUUACGUGGGUUUGGCAAUAGUUAUCUGGAAUAUGAGGAGGAGGAGGAAGAGGAGGAGGAGGAAGAUAACUAUGAGCAGAGCACAUCUAGUCAGUCUGCCUCAGCCAGGGGGAGCCACGUUGAGUGGCAGCUGUAUGAAGGAGAGAGAUUGGCAAUGACCAUGUGAUCGAGACCCACUACUGCCAGCCUGGGGCCAAAGGAAUGAACAUCUACCCAUCACACAUGGGGCAGGUCUAUAUAGAUUUUGAUCAGAUUGAGGCUCAAAAUGCUGCCAUGAGGGUACGGCGACUCACGUUUCUACCUCAGGGUCAAAAUGAAGACAUCGGGUGGUAUUUCAAAGACGAUAUGAUAUGGCGUGAAUACGGUUCUUUGGGUCCAGGUCAAGCCUCGUCCUCAGUCAGUAGUGGUGAUGUGGAACGACAGUACAUCCUCAGACCUCAGGGGACCUUCCACUUCACUGUGGGGAGCACCAGCUACACCUUAGACUUCACAGCUAUGACACAGAACAAUUCAGCCACCCGGGUACAGAGAAACGUCCGGCGGCAUCCAAAGUUCAACUCCGUCGUCUCAGGGAAUGGCAGCGUGUCCAUUGCCCAAUCAGCCCCCACCGUAAUUGCCUCACCACCUCCCUCUGCUGGCUACACCUGGGAAUUCAUGGGCGAGGAGGGAGUGUGGAUAGAAUACCAGACUCCAAGUUGCUCACUGGGGAGUGCUGGGAUUGAGAGACGCUACCAGAAGAACCCUAAGGGACAGAUACGCUUCAAAGCUGGGAGAUAUUCCUACACCCUCGACUUCUCAGGCCUGUGUCAGACCAACGUUCGCAUCGGGACCAAAAUAAUUGUGAGGAGAACUCAAUGUGAAGCUCAACAAACAAGCAGUGGGGGAUUGGGUUUACGGUCCCGUUGGCAGUUUCAAGACGUGGAUGGAAGCUGGAAAGACUUUGCCAAAAGGAGCGACACCUGCAGUGUAUCCAGCCAGGACAUUGAAGCCCAGUACCAGCAGAACCCAAAUGGAACUAUGAACUUCACUACCAGGAGAUUCAGCUAUCAACUGGACUUCUCAGCCCUGACCCAAAGAAACCUGUCCACUCAGACCACCCGAUCUGUUCGACGCCUGGACUAAUCACUGCCCAGGACACUGUCCUCUGUCAGGGGUUAAGUGCAAUACCCUGGCAGUGGAGGCUGGUGGGAGGAGCUAUAGGAGGACAGGCUCAUUGUAAUGGCUGGAACGGUAUCAAACACAUGGAAACGUUUCACUCCGUUUCUUUCAUUCCAUUCCAGCCAUUCCAAUGAGCCUGUCCUCCUAUAGCUCCUCCCACCAGCCUCCACUGUACCCUGGGUGCAUCUCAAUUGUCUAAAGUGGCUUCCUCUCAACCCCAUUUCUUCAUGUGCACAGUGAAGACGAAGUCACUGUCUGGUACUGAGAUGGAACCCCUUCCAUUCCACUUCUUCCUAAAAAUGAAACUUGUUUACAUAUGUAUUCAUGUAUUUCCUGUUAUUUCUUCGACAUUGUGCAUAUACUUAAAAACCAAUACUGUUAUUAGAAAAGUAGCUUCUGACAAUCUGCACAAUACUU